AUGCAAACCAGAUUAACAACAGAUGCAGUUUUCGUGAUAAGUCAACUGGAGAAAAAUUAUACGAAUAAAGAAACAAAUGCUCAUAAGUUCAUUAAUCUUGACUGGUGGGUUACCAAUGAAAAAGGAUCACCUGGUGAAGGUUAAAUUCGAUACGAGACUGCCUACGCCUGUGAAGGCAAGAUUCUCAAGAUAGAAUGCAAGGACGGUGAGCUCAUCAAGUUAAUAAGAGCAAAUUAUGGGAGGUUUUCCAUCACCAUCUGCAAUGAUCAUGGCAACACUGACUGGAGCGUUAACUGUAUGUCACCGAAAUCUUUGAGGGUUCUACAUAGUCGGUGCACCCACAACCAAAACUGCAGCAUCCCGGCUAGUACGAGUAUGUUUGGGGAUCCUUGUGCUGGUACGCAUAAGUAUCUCGAAGCACAUUAUCAGUGUUUGCCAGUCCGGUUCAGCGGAGUAAUGAAACAAUUUGUUGACAUUUUAGCAACCACUACAACUACAACGAGUCGACCUAGUCCACCAUGGCUUAUAACGUCCCAGCCACCAAUGUGGAGUACCAUCAAAGCGCCAUCUAGUAGACCAACCCAUCCAACGCCUCCUCCAAAGCCAGCAGUUAUUUCGCUGCCACAAACACCAGGUCCAUCCACUUCAAGAACGAAAUCUACAUCAACGACGCGUUAUUUUUCAGUGACGCCACCGCCACAGCUACCUGUACAGCCACACAAUACAGGAGAGUUUGACGAGGAUGAAAAACUGUAUCACAUUCCAGAUGAAAUUACUACACUUCCAUUUACUACAGUCACUCCUAUUGGGGCUGAAUCUAAUAAACCUACCUACGAUGUCAUGUAUACUUCAGUACCCAGCAUACUACCGUCCUGGGGCAAGGAUUCUGAGGGCAUACCUUACCAUUGCAGCCCCCAAACGGUUCGUAGUAUAUACUGGAAUUGGACAAAGGUUAACGCCACCUCCAUCCAGCCAUGUCCAGGAGGCACUACAGGAUUCGCGAAAUGGCAUUGCCAGGCGUUUCCAAAUUCCAAAGAACCACAGUGGUAUCCGCCGAAUCCAGACCUCAGCGAAUGUAGGUCGGUUUGGUUAACUAGCCUAGAACAAAGAAUUAUUGUUGGUAGAGACCCUUUGUUGUCGAUAACCAAUGACUUAGCUCAAGUAACUAGCAGCAAAACACUAUUUGGUGGUGAUAUGAUGUUCACAACGAAGAUCAUACAGAAAUUAACCGAAAAAAUGAGCAAAGAUAUUCAAACAUUCCCUGAUGCUGCACAAAGAGAACAAUUCGUCACAGAAUUACUUUCAGACGUAGCCCUUACCGGCAGUAACUUGUUAGAUGCUUCUCAACGCUCAUCUUGGAAAGAUCUGAGUUAUAAAGAACAAAUGAAUGUUGCUACUUCAUUGCUCAUUGAGCUAGAAGAAAACGCUUUUCUUCUUGCUGAAACUGUAAACAAUAAAAAGACUGUAGAUCGACAUUUCAAAAAUAUACUGUUAUCCGUUAGAGUCCUAGAUGUAAAAUCUUUAUCUUAUGAAGUAUUCCCCGAAGGAGCAACAAAAAAGCACUGGAAAGUGAGCAAUGACAUUAUAGAAUUACCUAGAGGAGCUUUAAUAGAGAAUAGCGAUGGUUCUUUAGUUCGACUAGUCUUCGUAGCAUUUGAUCGUCUAGAGGAAAUCUUGCAAUGGCAGCCAGAAGGGAUCGACACCCCAAAUCCUAGCAACAAUGUGUCCAAAGUAUUAAAUAGCAAAGUGAUAUCAGCAAGUUUGGGCAAAGGUAGACAUAUCCAGCUAAAAGAACCCGUGAAACUUACCUUGCAGCAUUUAAAAACUGAAAACGUCAGCAACCCAACGUGUGUGUUUUGGGAUUACACCACCAACGCUUGGUCCGAAGAGGGGUGCUAUGUGGACUAUAUAUCCUCAAAUUUAACUCAUACUACAUGUUACUGUGAUCAUUUAACUAAUUUUGCUAUACUUAUGGACGUUCAUGCGAUUUACCUACCAAUGGCGCAUGAAAUUGCUCUACAAGUUAUAACAUAUGUUGGUUGUAUAAUAUCCAUCAUCUGUUUAGUGUUGGCAAUCAUUACGUUCCAGUUAUUUAGAGGACUCAAGAGUGAUCGUACGACAAUCCAUUGUAAUUUAUGUAUAUGCCUUUUAAUAGCCGAAGUGAUAUUUUUGUUCGGAAUUAGUCAGACUGAGAAUAGGAUUGUAUGUGGAGUAAUUGCUGGAUUCCUGCAAUACUUCUUUUUAUGCGCCUUCUUCUGGAUGUUCUUCGAAGGUUUUCAACUGUAUGUUAUGCUUAUAGAAGUUUUCGAAGUUGAGAAGUCUAGGAUGCGCUGGUAUUAUUGUAUAGCUUAUGGUCUUCCUUUUGUUAUAAUAUUUAUUUCCGCUGUAAUAUAUCCUCAAGGAUAUGGCACUUACAGGCACUGUUGGUUGCAGACUGACAACUACUUCAUAUUUAGUUUCGUUGUACCGGUAGCAGUUAUCAUAUCGUUAAAUGUAAUAUUCCUAAUAAUGGCCAUAGUAAUGAUGUGUAAACACUCCAGUAAUACAGUUUCCAUGAAAAACAAGGAGCAUUCCCGACUUGCAAGUACCAGUGGAAAGGAGGAAAAUGCACUUCAUAUCAAAAUAAAAGCUCAUUUCGCUUGGCUGAAAGGAGCAUUCAUCUUAGUUUUUCUUCUUGGUUUGACCUGGACCUUCGGAUUCUUAUACCUGAACAAGGAGUCAGUAGCCAUGGCGUACAUCUUUGCAAUAUUAAAUUCCUUACAAGGAUUCUUUAUUUUCUUAUUUCAUUGUAUACAGAACGAGAAGGUGCGGAAGGAAUAUCGCAAAAUAAUAAGAAGACACUCCUGGUUACCGCAAUGUCUGCGUUGCUCUAGCCCGAGCGGAGGAUCGGGAAGCACCAGCGGCAGUUCCGGGAUGGCGAAAGAGCGGCGAACCAGCCUAUACGGUGGUUCCAAUGGGAACCCUUCGGCUGGUACCAACUCCCAUUCCACUGACAACUCUGUUCUUACACAACACGGAACUAGUGUGGGUACCAGUGUAGUCAAUAACCUUAAUAACACGCGUCCUACUGCACUAGUCCAGAUUGUCCCUAGAACUGAUCUCAACAAUGCUAGUACCACCACGACGAGCCAUAAGAGGCUGCAUAAUGUCUCGCAACAAGUUGCACCGCGACUGGAACUCACGAAGUUGCACGAACGUAAAUCGGGUAUGCAAGACACCUGUACCCACGUCUACUUCGGCCAACAUGGCUGCUACUCUGUCUCGGCCGAUCAGAACAACACCUACAAACCUUAUUCCGGAUAUUGAGUCUAACAACACUUCCACAUUACCUUACUUCCGUAAUUUCUAUAAAAUCUCAUCUAACAAUCCAAACAUACCUAAAUCAAUUUCCACUUGGGGUCCUCUACACAAACCUUUACACUCUAAGAACAUUUCUUUUAAAUCAUGCAGUCGUGAUUCCGGACACGGAGGAUCAGAGCAAGAGGAUUCACCUAGGUCCCACAUGGUACUAGUAGGCAAUGCUGUCGAACCAGGACCUGGACAUCUCAUUACGUUAAAUACCAAAGACAUUCGCCAUCAGAUGCUACAAGAACAACCGACCGAUCUCGCCGACUUUGAUAUAUGUUUGGAACCAAAUAUCCAUCCCAAACAUCUAGCCCUACCUCAGAACUUUCACAAGAGGAAACUUCCAGGCAUGAGUCAUCAUACAUAUACAGAAAUCUACGAUUCUCAAAUUCCCAGAGGUUUAAUUGAGGAUGAUCCUGUGUAUGAAGAAAUUGAUAGAAGUGAGAUUCAGGUUUCUGAUAUGAGUGAUGAAGACGGUAAGCGACAAAGCGAUAUGAGCCGGCAAUCUUCAAGAUCCUAUGGCGACCAUCGACCUUUGAUUCCGUAUAGUCCUGCCAACGAAAGGAAUUUCGCUGAUGUAAUGAAGCAUUACGCCAAAGAUUUCAAUCAUGGCCCACCAUCCAUCGGUAUGGAUACCUACAGAAGACGCAACAUGGCAUACCGUGUUGGGAUGACAGGUGAUACAUCAGUUCGCUCCCUAGCAGCCGUUUUAGAUGGAGAAACCGUGGUUUGUCAUCUAGAACCUCCAGAGAAUCAGUAUCCCAACGAUACGUUCGUCUCACGAACUUUAGUCCUCCCCCCUUAUAGUGAGAGUUAAGAAUUAGGAAACUGCCAUUGCAAGUGAAUAUCUGUGAUUACCACAUGAUCGGACUGUAAGGUCAUACAUCAUCCACAGCGAAUCCCAAAGUAAAGGUUAAAAUACUACUUGCUUUAUCACUUUUUAUAUAUUUUUUAUCAUUUUGAAGUAAUUAGUUUUUAACAACCACAAAACGAACAAUUUUUAAAUUUAUAUAUACUUUUUAACCAUUAUUACUUUUUUGACUUAUAACCCUCAAUCAAUAUUUAUAAUCCCAUUCAUUAUGAGAUAUUGUCACACUAUUUUUAUAGCAUAAAGCUAGUUUUUUCAUUUAGAAAUUAUUUUAUUACUUCAUAUUAAUCACUGGGUGUAGGCUUCUAUAGCUGUGUUUGAAAAUGUACAUUGUUAAGAUAUAGACAGUGGUCCAGCAUAAUUUCUUCCUGAAGUUUCUUCUGCAACUGCAGCAGAAAGAAAGGAAAAAAUAAUCUAGACCAUGGUCAUAAAAGCAGGAAAAAAAUGUUAUCACGGAUUACAUUGUUAUUAAUCUUCCAACGGUCGCGCGUAUUUCCUAGAUACGCUAAAUGCUAAUUAGUUAUUUUAAGAUGUAUGUAAUGAAAUAUUGUAAUAUAUUCGGUGGAAAAUUGAUACACUAUAUUUCUUAAAUUUUUUUAUCGAAUUUCAUUAAAAACAACAACGCUGUCAUAAAUCCCAGAUGUCUCCUAGAUAUUGCACAUUGCACAUAUUAUUGUAUCGCAGUUUUGCAGACUUGACAAAUAUGCUUUGAAUUUUACAUACAAUGAAUUUCUGACAAAUUUCACAGCUGAAGCGCGUGAUCCUUGAACGUUUAUCAUUUUGACAAGGCUUACAUCUUCUUUUUGCUGUGGCCUCCUCUACUGUCUCGAUAACUAAUUCUGCUUUUCUUUUUGACAUUUUUUCUUUGAGCUCAUUUUGAAGGGAGUAUUGUUUUCUUCGUUCGACGUGUCCUUUCACAAGAGCAUUUGAAAGUAGUCGAAGUAUUUUUUCGUUAUUAUUGGUGGAAUAGAUUAUAUAACUAUUGAUCGCGGCUACAUUUAACAUGGAAAAAAUACUGCCAUCUUCUGGUGUUUCUGGCAACAUUGUAACAAGCACAAAGUUUGUCUACUGUAUCUACACCUCCCUUUGCCUUGGGAUCUACAGCUUCUAUAUGAGUGGGAUCAUUGCGAUUGAAAAUCUUCUUCUUAUCCGUCAUUUCUAAAAUAAAAUAAACAAAAUGGAACUAAUUGCCACAAAUGGUCGCGUGUAUAUGAGAGAUACAGACCUCUUAUAUCAACGUAGAAAGUUUUCAACACAAAAAAUGCAUGAAAUUGCAAUAUGUUAUCAAUAUUACAAUAAGAAUAAUGUAACUAUAACAAAAAAAACAGCGAAAAGCACCCGAUCGCAGCGCAGCGUAAGUAAUAUAUAUCAUACUAAAUCUAUUACCCGUGUAUCUACCACAUACGCGCGACCGCUGGAAGGUUAAACUGGAUAGUGAAUGAAUCUUAUAAAUUGCUGAUAUUUCCAUUUGUCUUCAUUCUACAAUUUCUUUUAUUAUAACUUAUUGUGUAAUUUUCAUGUCAUCCCAACACAAAUUGCAUUUGAUUUCUUUAAAUGAACAGUCAAGAUAUUUAUUUACAGUUGACAGACUCUCAUAUUAUCAUUACCUACUGUGAUUCUAGCAUAAAGAUGUGUCUGUAUGCUUUAUCGUUAUAAAUUUUCAUAAACACGCUAAAAGAAUUUGUAAAAAAUUGCAAAAAUCUGUUCUCUUAUCCUCGAUUCUGCAUUUAAUCACAAUUUUGUCCCAGUGUACAUUUAAUCAGCAAAUAAAAUGUUUAUAGGUUUCUGGAACCUAAAAUAAAAAUGGAAAAGUUUCUAGAACUAUUUUUAUGACAGUAGUGUUGAUCAAGAGACAAUUAAUUGAUUGUUUUGGCUAUUUUUUAACUGCUAACUUUUUGUAUGUACAAUUUCAUUGUGUUUUUACUAUAAAUGACAUAACGACGUUUUUAUGUUGACUAUUAGUUGUUAUAAAACUAAUUUUUAAUUUAUUUGUUUACAAAUGUAACCUUUAUUCUGGGAAAAGCUGCUAUACAUAUACUUAGAAAAGCUCAGCUUGUAUGAAUGAUGAAGGAAAGUGAUAAUUUUAUAAUAAUCAACUAUUUUAUAAAAACUUAAAAACUACUGUGAAUUGAAUGAAUAUAUCUUAAUUGUCAGAUAUACGGUAUUUCCCAGUCUGUAACCGGAAAGAAAAAGUUGAUUUUGAUAAUCGUUUGUAGAAUAUACGAUUGGUUUGUGUAUAUAUAGUAGUAGUGUGCCUUUUUUAUACUCAAAAAUUCUAUUUUUGAAUGGAAAUUUAAGUUUCGUGUUAGUUUUCUCGAAUAUUUUAUUGUACUCUGAAAAAGUAUAAAUGUAUUGAUAUUUUUGGCUCCCAAGACUUCAAAAAUGAGUACAAUUUUAUAGAAAAUCAUUUGCUGAAAGCCAUAUGAAUACACAGUUUAUCUAAAUUAAUUAAUGUCAAAUUUUUUCCAUAUUUUUGUUAGAAAUCUGUUAAAUGGUUCUCAAAAUAUUUUUUGUGGCAUGUUUCACACUGGAUAUUUUAUAUUUUUGGGAAGAAACCACAAUGGUCGUAAUUAAACUUACAUGUUUUCGUUUUGACGAUUCAAUUUCAAAAAUAUAAGCUGUUAAAGAUUGAUGCAAUCUGUAAAAUAUUGUUUUCUAUUUAUAUUUAUAUUUAGAACAAAAUACAAACACUAGUAAUGUAGGUAUAUGACAAACUUUAAAUAGUUGCAAACAGGAAGUCUUUAAGGGUACCAUUGUAGGAUCUUGAGGGACACUAUUCAAUAAUGUGGUCGAUGGUUUGGUUCUCCCCACAGUCACAUUGAGGAGACGGGUUCUUUCCCCAUUUAUGUAGCAUGUAUGCACAUCUGCCAUGUCUGGUUCGGAUCCUGUUUAGAGUGGACCAUGUUUUACGUGGAAGAUCAAAACCUGGUGGCUUGUGGGUAAUACAGGGCAUGUUAUUUUGCCAUGCAUUCCAUUCUUGGGACCAUGCAUUCGUGAUGUUGAACUCCUCAUGUAUCAUUCUUGCCGUUUUCAUUGGUGGUUUUCUAGAACGUAGACGGGUAUUUCGUCCAUCCUCGGUAACUUGGUCGAUCGGCAGGUUUAUAUUGUUCAUGAUCUUUUUGUAUUGACGUGUAAGUGCGUCAGCUCGUCGUAAAUGUGGAGGUGGGAUGUCUUAAUACUGGAAGCCUUUGGGUGGGAGUUGAUCUAAUUGUACCAGCUAUCAUCCUCAUAGUGCUGUGCAGCUAAGUGUCGACCUUUUUUACAUGUGGACUGUGUAUCCAAACUGGGGCACAAUAUUCACCGGUCGAGAAAAUAAGGGCUAAGGUAGUAGAGCGGAGAGUGGAAGCCGAUGCUCCCCAGGUGGUACCGCAGAGCUUCGGUAUUAUGUUAUUUUUUGUACUCAACUUUUGGGCAGUUUUUGUUAAAUGCUCUUUAAAUGAUAACGUUCUGUCUAGUGUUACCCUCAGCUACUUAGGUGUUUUGUUGUGGGUAAGUGUGGUAUUUUCAAACCGUAUGUUGAGUUCCUUUCCAGCAAGUUUAUUGUUCAGACCUUCUUCAGACGUUUCGAGUGUUCUGCAUCGUGUAGUGAGGGCCCAGUCAUCGGCGUAUCCGAACUUUCUUGAUUGUGUUUCCGGUAUAUGUGCUAAGUAUAAGCUAAAUAGUAAUGGAGAGAGCACUGACCCCUGUGGUAGGCCAUUCUUAAGUUUCUUUGGUGGGCUGAAACAUGGUCGUUGAGCAUGCUAUCUAUUAGGCGUGCUAUUGGUUUAGAGAGGAUUACACGGAGAAUUUUGUUACAUAAUGCCCUCUCUCCAUACUGUAUCGUAAGCUGCCGAGAGAUCAAUAAAUAUCGUUGAAGUUUUAAGUCUUCUUUGGAAACCCGCUUCGAUGUAAGUGCUGAGUGACAUUACCUGGUCCGCGCAGCUUCGUUCUGGUCGAAAACCGGCUUGUUCGAUUGGGAUCACCUGGAACAGUUCUGUACUGAUUCUAUUAUAUAUAAGCCUCUCUAAUAGUUUGUAGAUGGCAUAGAGAAGCGCAAUUGGUCGGUAGUUUUUUAGGUUGUCGGCUGGUUUGCUGGCUUUAGUAUGGCUAUUAUCUUAGAGCGCUUUAGUUCUCGUGGAAUAUUUCCAGUUUCCAUGAUGUCUGUGAAAAAUCGAGCCAGCCAUACUUCUAUUAUUACUGGUCGAUGUUGGCUGUGUGGGAAAUUAGUUAGAAUUCUUCGUUAAAGCUCCUAGAGGUAAGUCUUUGUUGUCGGUCGAUCUUUUGCAUCAAACAAAAGGUACAGGCGUUCGUCCUUUGUCCAUUUUAUUAAAGCAUUCCCAUUCGCAUCACUAUUUUUGUACUUCCACUGUUCAUGAUGGCUAUUGUAAUCUCCAACGUAUACAGCAGGGUGAGGAUGUACUUGAAUUGCCUGGGCUGGCCAAGACGUAGCAGGUGGCUUGUAAAUGUUGGACACGGUAAUGCUAGCGAUUUUUGUGACCACAUUAUAAAUACAGUCAUCAGUGGAAGUAGAGUUUAGCGAGGCAUUUUUAAUAUCUUCUUUGACAUACGUGGCUGUGCCGUAUAUUCGGUGGAAAGUUGCGCCUAAUAGUUCAUAGCCCGGUAUUUUGCCCCUUUUUGUAGUUGCUUCUCUGUAUAGCAACUAAGUCAAUGUUGCCAUCUUUUAAUAGUUUUGAUAAAACUGACUCUUAGUUUAGCAUAGCUUAUGCCUUCUAUGUUUAUAUGGCAAAUUCGAACUAUAGGUCCGAUUGGUCUGGUUGUGCGCUCCUCACAAGGGCCGUUUAUUUUGUUUAUCAUCUUUCGUUGGAUGUGUUGUUUGGUCAUGAGAUCCUAAGGAUUGUCUGACUUCCAGUAUGUGCUAAUUCAUUUAGCGUUAUCCAGGGUGCAUGUAUAGGACGCGAACUAGCUCUACACCCCUGUUUUUUGAUAACUGGCAGUAAAUGAAAUAUUGACAUUGCAAUUUGUCUUAAAGGCAUCAGCUAUUUUACACUUAUAGAGCUGAAAGCCUUGAAAUUGGUUGUUAUUACCUCGAUUAAUACCAAAUUAUGAUCUUUCUGUGGGCAUUGUUAGUUGUAAGUUGUUAUCUCAUUAGCUUUGGUGUUUUUGUAUUGCCAACUUCUGGUUUUAAUAUUGUUAGCUAAAUCUUGCUGCAUUUUUUUGAUGUGUUUGCUCCGCAAUUUGGUUUAUUUAGUAAAAUGACUGCUCCUGCCUUAAUUUUCACCUUUUUACUGUCCGUUUCUUUCAAGAUUAUUGAUGCAUUUUUUCAUUGGAUAUGUUAAUUAUCCCAACUAAAAUCUAUCAAUCCUUCUCCAAGUAAAAAUGGUUACAUUCACAAGAUAUUUUAUAAAUAUAGUUCUUUGAUUUUUCUAGUUCAUUGUUUGAUCUGGUUUUUGAUCAAACGCUGUAUGCUUCGUGUUUUUGUAAAGUUAUAUUUAUCUCCUUUCCUUUAGAGUUUGUCUGAGAAGCUUAAUCCCGAUAUUGUUUUCUCCUCAAAUCACUUUUAAGAAAGUAGUUGAGUGUGUUGCAUACCUUUAGCUCUAAAAGUUUAUAUUUUAACAUUGUAUCAAAUCACAAGUUAUGUCAAUCUCGUUAUUUUUUUUUUCUUAUUUGGAUUAUAGCACACGGGAUAUUUUUUUCCAGAGUGGGAAAUAGAAACGUCAAAACAAUAAUUACAAUUAAAAUAUUUGUGGUUGAUUCCCACAAUAUAUUCAAAUAUGUCAUAUUGGUUGACUUUACCGAAAGUACAAGCUGAAUAUAGCCGCAAAUGUCAAAAAUAUUUCGGUUUGGCAGUGUUGGCAUGUUUUUACAAUGCGUAUUUGUAUGCUUCAAAUAUAAAGAGAUAAAGCUUUUAAAACGUACAUUUUGAUUAUACUAUUUUAUGAAUUCUGCAAGUUUUAAUUUAUAUGAAGCAAUAACGAGUAAAUAUUUGUCUCUUUCGAGAUUAAUUGCAAACAUCUGUUGUAAUCUGGUAACUGCUGAUUUUACGAUUGCCAAAUCUAUCCCCUAGUCUAUCAAAAGGUAAUUGCUGAAAAAAAUUUCUAAUAAUUAACUGCAAUUAAUCUCCACAGAAACAAAUAUUUACUCAUUGUUGUUUUAGAUAAAUCAAAAAUGGCAUAAUUCAUAACAUAAUAUAAACAAAAUGUACUUUUCUAAAGCUUGAUCUUUUUAUAUUUGAAGCAUAUAGGAUCUACACUAUAAAAACAUGCCGGCACUGCUAUACCGAAAUUUUUUGUUCCAUGUUUGACAUUUGCGGCUAAUAUCAGCUUGUACUUUCGGUAAACUCAACCGUCAUAUUUAUAAUGGAGCUGGAUUUUAUAGAUAAAACUUAAUUGAAGUAAUACCGGAACUUAUAAAAAAGAUUUCAUAAUUGUCACUACAAAAAUAUAACAGCAAAUAUGAUCAUUACAGUGUUAUUAAACAUUCAGUGUAAUGUUAUAUUAUCUAUUUAUUGAUUAUCAAUGUUUUGUUAUUAAAUUUCUCCUAAAAAAAAUGAAACUCGGAAAUUCUUCCUAUUAGACGAUUAUUUCGUCGUUGAACGUGCUCUAACCAUAUUUUCUCAGUUUAGCAUAAAUAGGUGCCAUACCGAGACAUAUACUAAUGUAUUCAGAUUUAAUUUGAAGGUGUUUUUGCUACUCACAUAUUUAACUAGGAGUUAUCAUUUCUACAAUACGUAUAAAUUGUUUCUUUCUUUUUAACUGUCCAAAUAUUGUGUCAUUGGUCUGGAGGCGGUGGUCAUACUUCUCCUUUUGAGAAUAUUUUUGUAGCUCAUCCUCAAAUUGUUGUAGAAUAAUGUACAAAACAGCUAAAAUCAUCCAUAAAAUCCAGUCAGUGUCACCAUUAGACAAACAACUGAAAUAAAACACAUUUAACACAUAGCAGUAAGUACACUAAUAGUGGUACGAUAGGUUUUAACUUCGUAUUUCAUUCUAGUACUAAUUACUGUACUCUUUAAUGUCUAUACAAUUCAUUCAUGGUAAAACAACAUUAAAAAUAGUAAACACUUGCUACAUAAAAGAUGUUCCGUCCAGUCUUGUAUUUUAAAACCUUUUAUAGUGGGGAAAGUACCGACAAAAUAGUCUAGAAUGUUUAUGAAAUCAUACGUUUUAACACGUUAAAUGCUAUAUUAUUGAACUGCUAUGAUUAGUGUUUGGUUUGCAACCUUUGGCUAAAGUUUUGAGGCACUGAUUUAGCUUAACUAAUAAAGUAUAUCUUGUUGUUACCUUUAUUUUUUUAAUAAAUUACAGACAUGCCCGUGGGAUACAAACCAGAUAAAGUAGUUUUUAGUAAUCUACUUACGGAAUUAGUAUACCACAGCAAUUUAAAGGUCAAACGUAUAUCAAAUAAAGUGUUGUAAAUUGAAUAUUCUGGAAAACACUAUUGUGUAGGUCCCAUGUGGCUUUCAGCUAUUGUUUUUACUUGCGGGAUAUUACCACGUCUAUUCUUUCUUGUUAAAGACUGACAUAAGUGUUUCCCUGACCUAUUAAAUAGUUGCAAUAAAUUAUCUGUCUAUAUUUUUAAUGUUAAAAAAAUUGUUAAUUGCAUAAUGUCUGUCAAACAAUUUUCAUAUAUUUCAUUUGUAGUUUUGUUGAUAUUUUUAUGCCGACAUUAUUAAUAGAUUUCGUGUAAAAAGUAGUCCUUAAAGUAAGAUAUUUUUACAUUUAUAAUGCGAUAUAAAAAAAUGGGAAUCAAUAGAAAAACGGUUUGUUUUGUGUUAAAUUACUUAUUCUUUAAAAAAAUAAGAGAAACCAUAUUUUAAGGACGUACUUUUUACAUUUUAGAACAAAUUUUUAAAAAGCAUUCUACAAAAAACAUUUUUAAGAUUGAUAUUACAUUUUUAAGGGCAGCUAAAAGAUAAAUAUCUUGUUUCAGUCCGGUUUCGAGCAUACUCUUUUAUUUUGUUUAUAUUAUUUCCAUUAUUUGUAAAAUUGUAUCUUGAUUCAAGCCCUCGUUAUAUUUUUAAAUGUAUUUAGAUUGUCGUAAGUUGCUAAAUACUACUAAUAGGCUAUAUCAGACGUUACACUUGUUAAAGUUUGUUUAGAUAUGCAAUAAAAUCGCAAAACCAAACGAUAUCUACUAAUAUGUCUUGUUUUCGCGGCUUAUAGGCAGUGGUCUGAAGUUGUUUCUUCCUGUCAAACAGUCUGCGACUCCAGCAGACGUGACAGGCGAUGUGACAAAUCGGAGCAAUCUUCCUUAACUUAAGUUGGCCUCAGGUGUUACCUUCUUCUUGUGGUGCCUAAGUAGGUAAUGAUAUUUUUUAGGUCUUUCUCAGUUCACGAGAAUUCCCUUCGCCCACAUUUUCCACAUCAUGAUUAAAACUUUGUUCGGAGUAUACAUUUUAGAGAAAAGAAGACAAUAUGCAUUGCUGUUGUACUCCGGGUUAUAUUGAAACGAGAUCUGAGAACUUAUUACCUAUUUUCUGUUGUUUUGUUUUAUUUUACCGAGAUCCCAACGUUUUAUUUGGCACUUUAUCUUGAUUUUAUCAGUUUCAGUUUAAUAUUGUAUACUAAUUAGUUAUGAUUUAGUUGAUUUCUGUACUUUGUAACCAUUUGCCAUUACCAUUAAAUAUAUUAAGAUGUUCUACUUACACUGAGUUUUUGAUUAGUCUCUCAGGGUCUUAAAUAUAUCAUUUAGCGUAAUUACAUCAGAAUUUGUUUAUAGGGAUUCUUCCAGGGAUCGUUUUGCUCUUUGUCCAUCGAAGUGAAGAUCGCCCUCGACUCCUUCCUUUUGGUUUUUCUUUUACCACUAGUCAUCCCAUAUUAUCAAUAAGUGUUAUAUGUCCAAUAAUGUCAAUAUCUUCUAGGAAUAACUUCUGGGCCUGAGAGUUAUUUCCAGGUAUUUCGUAUUCUUGUGUUGUGAAAGUAGGAGCUUAAACUUGGACAAUAAUUCUGCGUAAUUAUUUUCCACACUUAAGAAUAAGUACUAUUUAUGUAUUUUUUAAUGGCAGCUUUUACAUCGAUUACCGCUUUUGAUGCCUUUAGUUUCUUGCAGAGAAAAUGGCCAUUUGGUUGAAUUUAGUAAUUUAUAACUAUGGAAAUUUAUUUAUUUGUAAUUAGUUAUGUAAAAUUUUAUUACAAUAAGGGUGCUUUUUAAGUUGUAACUUAGUCAGCACAAAACUGUAAAUAUAGAAAUAAAGUUUCUAAUAUUAAAUAAAAAUUUCCCAUC